GGAGACAACAAGUUGACGGGCAAACCGUCUUGUUUUUUAACAAGUCUUCUCAUGGUUUGCUUCCGUCUGCCAUUUUUCAGAUCCAUUGCUUUGACUGUACCCUCGGAAGCUUACAACUACCCCAAGUCAUAAAAUUCCAAGGCAACCAAGAGACCUACGCUGAAGGAAUGCACCAGAAACUGGUUCUGAAGGGCUUAGGAAUGACUGAGGAAGAUGCCUAAGGUAAUGCGGCCUGUAGGAAGGAGAGCCGCGCGUCGUCUGCUUCAAACAUGACCAGCUGGCUCGGCGGGCUUGCAGACAGACAGGGUGCCAAGCUGAAGAUUUGCCAUAGACAAAGAGAAUUUAAAGCUGCAAGGCAGUUUGCUACGCAAGGCGGUCGAUCUGGCUUAGUUUCAAGAGGCUUAACACAGGACUCAAGAGGGCUCAAGAGCCAAUAUCUUGGCCUGGGCCAAGCCGUGCCACAGGCCGACAGUCCGACUUGUGCUGCUGGGAGACAAAGACAGCUACUUCAUGCUCUAUUACACACGGAUUCAUAGAUGAAGCCAAGAGAAAUAACAGAAAUGGAUAAGGAGGACAGAGAUGAGGAAGAGGAAGAAGAGGAGGAGGAGGAGGAGGAGGAGGAGGACGACGACGAGAUAGAAGAUUCCAAUGAGGAGCAAAUAUCUGGCGAAGUAAGUACUGAGAAUUCAGACAAAGAAGAAGCUGACAAAGAAGAUGUAGAGGUAAAAGAUACAAACACUGAUGCAGUGGAAGGAGAUAACACAUCAAGAGGAAGCAAGCCAAGAAGCAUCGUGGAGGCUAUGAAUGACUACCUGGAGAGUAUAUUCUCCACUGAGGAGGAACAGGAUGAAGAGAUUGAGGAGGAGCUGACAGCCAUGUACCGUCUGCUGUGGAGGAUCCUGAGUGCCACCGUGGGUAUCAUCGCCCUGGUGGUCACCGUUACUAAGUAUCCUCAGUACCUCAAUAUCCUUCAUGAAAAUAAACUGUGGUUCUCCAACAUAAAGGAAGUUGAACGUGAAAUAUCUUUCCGCACUGAGCAAGGUCUGUAUUAUUCCUACUACAAACAGCUAAUUGAAGCUCCUACUUGGAUACAGGGUUAUCAACAGCUACUUAGGGACAAUGCAACAGAACACGGACGAACAAUUAAUAUUGUGCACCGCUUCAAUAUCUUACCAGAAAUGAUCAUCAGUAUUGUUUACAGAUGGCUGUCUCCUGAAGAGGCUCCCAGUGUGUUCUAUGUAUCCAGUGUAUUUCUCCUGCAUGGUGUAUAUGGAGCCACUCUCUACAUCACUUCCUGGCUUCUGAGUGACUCUGUGUUGGCUGGCAUGAUAGCAGUUACUCUGUUUAUAAUCCACAGGAUAGAUACAACAAGAGUGAACUAUGCUGUUCCCUUGAGAGAGAGCUUUGCAAUACCUCUGCUGUUUCUUCAAGUACUCCUCAUAUGCAUGUAUAUUCGAACCAACAACUGGAAGAAAGUCAAGUUGGCAGGAAUCACUGUGCUGACUGUGAUGUUCCUGUUGAGUUGGCAGUUUGGACCAUUUGUUCUUCUCUGCCAGCUCUCCUGUUUGAUGGUUCUUAGCAGAUUUCUUCUAUUGCCUGCAUCUAAAGUGAGCAUGAUGGUGGUUGUGGUGGCUGUCAGUCUGCUGGUGAACUGUGUAGUGCAGAACAAGCCACCUCUCCUGAUAUCCUCCCCUGCCUUGUCCAUGGUGGUUCCUGCCCUCAUCAUCAGCAUGACACCAUCAGAUGGCAGCCUUGGAGCCUUUCUGAGGUUCACCAUCGCAGCAGCAGAAAUGUCUUUGGUGUUGCUGGCCACUGUUCUGAUCAGUGGUGCCAUAAAAAUCUUCAUGAACAUAGAUGCAGAUUCUCAUGUCUAUCAGCUUCUGCUGGCCAAGUUUCAAGUAGGAGAUCCAAGAGAUUUUGAUUCACGGCUGUACAUGUGCACUGAGGCCUUCGAUUACAUGGACUUAGAGACAGUGGGCAGACUUUGUGACAGUGGACUUCUGUUUGCUUAUGGCCUUGGUAUUCUCAUUUAUUCCAUAUCCACCUUGAGAGUGUUCCUUAACAAUGCUCUUGAAGUAACAGAAGAUUCAGAGACAGAAAAGUUCUUUGAAAAUAGACAAAAGAAUCUUGAACUGUCCAUGAAUUCAGAGGCAUUUCUGUUUGAUCAGUAUGAAGAAACAGAAGAAAGAAAAGAAGCAGUGAACUAUGAAAGGGACAUGUUUGAAGAUAUGACCUGUGAUGGGAAAGAUAUGCUUGAAGAAGAUAUAACACAGUGCAGUGCAUCUCUUCAGUGUUCCACAGAGCAGCAGAUCAUAAAGGGAAGACUAGACUUAGUUUUCUUUGUAGGAAUGUCUGUGAUGUGGAACAUUUUGGCUGCACUCAUCAUGCGCCUGAAGGUGCUGUGGAUGCCAACUGUGUGUGUGAUUGUCGGGGUUGUAAUGGCAGACCGACAGGUGUGUGUCGCCUUGACUCAGGUGCUCGGGGUGCGGGCAGUGAGACUACCACAGUGGUUCCCAGGAGGCCUCAAGAUGGUUAUUGCUUUGGGAUACCUUCUUUAUCUUAUCCAAAAGUUUUGGGGCCAGCUGUCUUCUGAAAUAUGGCCUGAAGAAGUGUAUGAAUUCUGGGAUCCUGACACAGUGGAGCUGAUGGAGUGGAUCCAGUCAUACACCCCCACUACUGCUGUGUUUGCUGGCUCCAUGCAGCUUUUGGCAGGUGUUAAGCUUUGUACCAGACGCCACAUCACCAACCACCCACAUUAUGAAGACUCAUGGCUUAGGGAUCGCACACAUGAGAUAUACAAGAUAUAUGGAUGUGAAUCUCCAGAAAUUGUGUACAACACUUUGAAGGCUGCUGGUGCUACUCAUAUAAUUCUGGAGGACAGUAUUUGCUUGGCUCCUCCUGAUCCCAGACAUCCACUCUGCAGACUUGUGGACAUAGUGGAUCUUCACAGCGGCCAUUUCCCUGAAGGAGAAGUGAAAAAUAUACCUGGGCUUCAGGCAUGCAAGCACAGACGAUUUUGUGAUGCGGUUCGCCAUAGAACAAAGGAGUAUAGUAGAUUGUUCUCUCUAGUAAUGAAUAACAAGACAUUCAGAGUGUACAGCUUGAUGGGAACAUAGCAGUAAUCAAGAAACCUUUAUAGCCUGAGACUGUGUUAAACACUGAACAUUUGUUUUACAUAUUUGAGCUGUCACUUAUUGUCUUCAUUAUUUUAUUUAAGGAAAACUGCAUGUUCAUUUAUUAAUACAAAAGUACCCAUAGAGCUUUCCUUUCACCCAUGGUGCCUAGUAACAUUCUGAAGCAUAUAUUUUUUGUAUUAUGUAUUUUAAGACUGGUAUAAUCUUUAACUUUAUCUGAAUUUCUUAAAUAUUUGUGCAAUAUUUUUCAGUUGAUUUUUGUUGUUUGUUUUUAAGAAUCACAUUCAGCAGUAACUGGCAUCAGAUGGCCAAGAAAACUGUCAGGUUCCCUUAGUGGCAGGAAAACAAAUCCAUCAGUGUUGGUUAAAUAUCAACAUGAUGCUAGUAUUCUCAAGAUUGUCUCUGAUGCUAUUCUGUACAGCCAAUCAUGGAAUGCAGGCUAUUUUUGUGAAUGAUGAGCCUUUUUAGGAAUAUUAGGUAUUAUCAAAUGAUUCCAGUGUCAUGAUUCACUGAAAUAAUUGAUUUUGUUACUGGUAAAGGCUAUAACUGUCCUUGAAAUGUAAGGUUGUAAAUACUCCCUGAGAAUGUGAAAUGCAGAACUGCUCAGCUUAUGGCAGUGUCAUCACAUGGCCACACAUUUUCUUGUGCAGUAGAUAGGCAAGUACCACACUUGACAUUCAGAGCACCUCAUCACCAUGAGUACUGCAUAUCCAUCAGCCAUUUUUCCUUUCUUAGAGUCAACUAGGUUCCCCUCUCAGCCUGGAGAAAUUAAUCUCUAUUUUUCUUACUUCUGUCUUUUUUUUUUAGCAAUCUGCCAAUGUAGCAGACAGUGGCUGCCUUAACAUAUAGCCUGGCUGCAGCCUCUCCAAUUUCAGUGUUUGGUUUUCAUGACAAGGAAGCUGUCCACUGUAUACAGCUGCUCAAAGUACUUGCUUCAUAAUGCUCUGUAACACUCUGUGUCCAUUAUGAGACAGUUGUUAUGUGCCAUUCAGACUGUGCUCAAGUGAGGAGGUAGAUUUUGAGCCAGUCUGAUUAACAGUAAAGGACAUUAGCAUUAAGGUGACCUGUGUCUUUAGAUAGGAUGUAGGAUGGCAGUGUACUUUGUUUGUUGUUUACAUUUUAUUCAAGAUCUAGCCAUGUUAACUUUAACUGAGUUUGAUUUAUUCUUUAUAGUUUUUAAAGUUUUACAUUAAAGAUAUGCAAUAGUCCUUUGAAGUCCUCAAGAAUGCCAAGCUUGUGAACUAGUUUAGGUUGGCACAUUUUCAGAGCACAUAUCCAAAAUGAGUUUCAUGCUCAUGAACAUACAUCAAAUAUUUGUUGCCUUAUAUGAUUUUUUAUUUGUUUUGUCUUAAUGGUCUUUGGCUAUGAAGCCUAGCUUGACUGUAGCAAGUCCAUGAUUGUUUGCUUAGAACCCAGAAAUUAAGUAAGUCCAGAAGUCCAGCAGUUGUAAAGACUCCUUUAAUGAUUUAAAUCAUAUAAUGAUUUAUAGUAAUUCCAGUCCAUCAACUAAAUUAAUCUAUGUUGCAAUAGUGCCAUUGUCUACAUUCCAUAUUGCAGUGUGCAAUGGCUAUGAUUGCCUGAGAUGAUACGGUGACAUGGUUAAGAUUGACAGGACAAGGAUUUACAAAAAUAGGAUAGAUACUGUAGAUAAAACAUGAUGACCUCUUAUAAAAUGUGGGGAUAGAGUAUUGGAGUACAGUAUUUCCAAGUGAGUGUGAGGGAAAGUGAAGUGGAAUGUGCAGAUGUAGGGUGUGUGAAUAGGAGCUGGUAGAGACUGAUGGUCAUGGCCAUACCCUUGAGGGAACUCCAAGAAAUGUGCAUCAGCAUUUAUAUCUAGAUAGAUAAAUAGAACAUCAGGGAACCAGCUUUUUUGUAAGGCAUCAUUUUGUAAAGAAAACUUUAGAUAUCUGAGAGAAUUAUUUAUAGAAUCAUGAAAUUUUCCAUACUGUUUUUUUUUUUUUUUUUUUUUUUAGUACUAUUUAUGCAUGAAAAGUGAAACAACAUGAUUCUUUUCCUGUUAUAUGUUUGUAACACUACAACUGUUUGUAAUGGUAUUUCAUAAAUCCCCCCAAAAAAAAGAAAAAGAAAAGUGUAAAUUA